AUGUCGUUUCCCACCGGCUUGAGGGUGUUGUUGCUGGUACUAGUGGCCGUCUGUUCGAUCUGUGUGGGUCAGCGAAUUGUCAAUCAACCCUGUCCGGAUCCGUCGAGUCGUCCGAUCGUGGAGUACUUCGAUCUGGGAAGGUACGUCGAAGGUCGGUGGUAUGAGAUCCUCCGGUACGAUCAACACUUUGAGAAGGAUUGUGACUGCGGGUUUGCCACGUACACGCCCCAGUCUGAUGGGUCGGUGAAGGUCGAAAACUGCUGUGAACGUCUGCCGAACACCACCGUCAAGUGCAGCAUCGGCAAAGCGGUGGUCAGCUUUCCUGAUCAGUUCCCACUGGAAGGAAAGCUAAAUGUGACCUUUGGUGGACCGCCGCUUAAUUCUAACUACUGGAUCAUGGACACGGACUAUGACAACUACGCGGUGAUCUACUUCUGCAAGAAUCUCUCGGCCACCACGUCCGCAGAGGCCGCUUGGGUGCUGUCGAAGCAACGCACGAUCAAUCCAUCUGUGCGAACGUUGGUUGACAAAAUGGUCGACAUGUACCUCGUUCGGGGUGACAUGCGUGUCACCGAGCAGAGUCAAUCAAAAUGCAAAUAUCCCGACACGAAUGACGUGUGAGAGUGCGGUGACGUGAUGAACUUUCACCGGUUCCCGUAGCAGCCCGAUGAUUGCCUUGGAGACCGUUUCAAUAGGAACGGAGGAGGAAAAACAAAAAUAAAAUCCUGAAACUGCAA